AAAUUAAAUAAUGGCUUCUCCUUAAAAUUAUCUAAGCUCGCUUGACCAAUCAUGGCUACCACCACCAAUCUCAGCUUCGCUCCUCCCUCUUACUCCCGUUUUGCCGCUACAAAAUCCCAAAUCAGAAACCCUCUGUUUACGUCCCCCCUGCCACUCCCAUCUUCUUUCUUCCUGGUUAGAAAUGAAGCAUCUUUAUCUUCGUCAAUCACGCCAGUCCAAGCUUUUACAGAAGAAGCCGUCGAUACUUCGGAUUUAGCUUCUUCUUCUUCAAAGCUUGUACUUGUCGUUGGCGGCACUGGUGGUGUAGGUCAACUUGUGGUAGCUUCAUUGCUCAAGAGGAAUAUAAGAUCAAGGUUAUUACUGCGUGAUCUUGACAAAGCUACCAAGUUAUUUGGCAAACAAGAUGAAUAUUCCUUGCAGGUAGUUAAAGGGGAUACUAGGAAUGCAGAGGAUCUUGAUCCAUCCAUGUUUGAGGGUGUCACACAUGUGAUUUGUACCACUGGAACUACAGCUUUUCCUUCUAAGAGGUGGAAUGAAGAAAACACUCCUGAGAAAGUAGAUUGGGAAGGUGUGAAGAAUCUCAUUUCAGCAUUGCCAUCAUCGGUGAAGAGAGUUGUUUUGGUUUCAUCAGUAGGUGUGACCAAGUCUAAUGAGCUACCCUGGAGCAUCAUGAACCUUUUUGGAGUUCUUAAGUACAAGAAGAUGGGGGAAGAUUUUCUUCGUGACUCUGGUCUUCCAUUCACCAUUAUCAGACCUGGUAGAUUGACUGAUGGACCAUACACAUCUUAUGAUCUGAAUACUUUGCUCAAAGCUACAGCUGGUGAAAGGCGUGCAGUUGUUAUUGGUCAAGGGGACAACCUUGUUGGAGAGGUAAGUAGACUUGUAGUGGCUGAAGCUUGUAUACAGGCACUUGAUAUUGAAUUCACACAAGGCAAAGCUUACGAGAUCAAUUCAGUAAAGGGGGAUGGUCCAGGAAGUGAUCCACAGCAAUGGCGAGAGUUGUUUAAAGCUGCAGAAUCCAAAUGACAAAAGAGGACUUUUGAGAGAUGUGUACAGAAUUGUUAGCGAGACAUUACAUAUAUGGUCGAUUGUGUAUACAUGUGCUUUCUUUUGGUCUUUGACUUCAUCAUUACUGUAAUUACUUUAUCUAUAACUAGAAGUUCUUUCUUGCAAAUCAACUUCAUAGCAAGUGCUAAGAAGUCCAAAAGAGUAAGUAGGUUGCAGAUUGGAUUCUUCCUAGCCACUUAUCCGAAAUUCAGAUUCCUGUUAGAUUUUCGACUUCUCUUGAGUUGUAAACCAAAUAGCGACUUGAGCAAUAAACAAUAAAGAAAGAACAGAGAAAAUGGUUUUGCUGAAUUUUCCUUUAUUGUCUUAAAAUUAAUAAAAGUUACAAAUGUAGCACAACACUAAGAACAAGAAGAUUUAUAGGGACAAUUUUUCUUUCGAUAUUAUAGGAAUCCCACAUUUUAUAAUCCUGUUCUUCAGAUUAAUACAUUAAAUAGAAUAAUCUAAACCCGCUUGGUCCCUAACAUGAAGUCUUAUGAAACUAAUGAGCUAAAGGGACUUGACCAAUGACUAAAAGCUAUACCUGAUUGACAGUAUUUAUAUACGUGUAACAAUACCUCUGCUUCCAGGAGAUGGAGAUCAUACCAAUGUGGACACAUUUUAAUACAACAUUCGAGAACAGAACAUGGCUUCAAUCAGACAACUGCAGAAGUAGUACGCCUAAGGUCAACAUCAUUCUUGAAUUUCUCACUUGGCGGUGUUCCUUUGAAGCUUCCAUAUCUCAUGGGCUUAGGCAUGUAAAGAGAACUGAGUAUCUUCUCCAAAGCUACCACAGUGUAUCUCACAUACUUGCUUGAACUCGCGUCUUUCUCAACCAAUGGCCCAUAGUUUUGCAUAUAGCUUCUGUAAACCGGCACAAUAGCCUGAACUAUCUGCUGGCAAACUCUAUCCCUUAAAUCUUUCUCUGGUAAGACCCAUGAUGCUUGCUUCUUAUACAUCUCAUCAAACGCAUCAUUGAAUGCUUUCAAUCUCUUCUUGACAAGAUCACGAGCUGUGGCAUGUCCACCCGAGAAAAGUAUCAGCCCUUCUCGGCUCAAGUGGCUUGGAAGCUUACCCCAACUGUCUCUAAGGAAGACAGUGGCGUAAUACUCUUUGUACUGAUCAUGUUCUUUCAGCCACGAAUCUCCUAAAUGAUCCCCAAUAUUUGUACCCUUUAAGUUCUUGUAUAAAUGCCAGUGAUUAUUCAUACCGAAGAAAUGCGCAAGCGUUUGAUCCGGAUACGCUUUCAUCCAUACAUCCAGAUUCUGCUCAAUGGCUUUGAUUAUUCUUAAAACCUCAACCAUAAGCUGAUUAUCUUGGAACCUUUCUGAUCUCCAGCUCUUAUGUAUGAGCAGAACCUGAGUUAGUGUUGACUUGUACUUAUCUCCAAUAAGUUUAUUGCAGUAAUCAGUUACAAAACUGACUAAUCUAGGAACACCACCAUCGCUAGGAGGCGGGGUUUGUUUCUGAAUCUCUACCUGAACCAGAAGCUCCCAGAAGAUUUCCGCUGCACCAUCGAUUAUCCUUUUGAUGAGAUCCCUUGUGAAGUUUUGGAUCUCAAUACAGGCUGCUCCACCAAAGAGGCGGUUGAAAUCUGCUCUCAGUUUGUUCAACGACGUAAAGAUAUCUAACAGCUUCAGAAGCUUGAUUGGAUCUUUCUUGCUAUCAGUCACAGUUUUCCCAAACUGAAGGAACGCGAGCAUACCGGCCUGAGCAGCAAUCUUUGAAAAGCAAUCCAUCCAAACAUUCAAACCAAGUCUCUCAAAGACAUCGUUGCAAAGCUUGAACUCUGCUUCGAACAGAUGCUUAACCGCAAACUCUAAAUGAUUACCCCACUGAGCUAUAUACCCUUCUAUGCUCUGCACAUCGUUGAACUCAGAAACCGAGAUAUCUAGAUAAUCUAAGUCAAGUGCUUGAAGACUAGCUCUAACAUUCAAGCUCCUCACUUCAACGUAUAUUGAAAUGCACUUGUCGAGUCUGUUAUUAGCUCUGAGUCUCCCAAGAAUGGCUUGCAGUUUAUGAAUUACAGUAACAGGCAACUGAGACGGUGCAAUGCAAGCCUGAUCACCGAGUGAUGAUGGAGACGCCAUUGGAAGUGGUACACUGUUAUCCUUCAAGAGCCUCCUGAACUCGUUUUCCAGCUUAUCUAAAGCAGCAUUCCUAAGCCCGCCAUCAAGACGCAAUUGAGAUCUCUCUUUCUCUUCUCCUCCUCCACGGUCAUUAUGAAAUUCACUAAGCCCUCUCAAAGAUUUCUUUAAAUUCGAAAGAUACUUCUCAUCAGCGACAUGGUGAUCAUCAAGAUACUCAACUAUAUCUUCCAACCACUGGAUAGCUAAACCACAAUUCUCCCCUAGAAACUUCAAAGCUUCCUCUAACCGCUUCAACACCGAUAAAUAACUCGAAAGAUCGUUCUUGGGAUCUGAUAACAAAGACUUCUCAAGUCCAUGAACAGCAUCGAACACCUUAAGCACAGCAGCUGCAGGACCAACAGCUCGGUUAAUGUUACCACCAACAUCCUUGAGAGCUUCUCCAUCAGCUCGUAUCGGCCUAACCGCAGCUUCAAGCAACGGCAAUCUCUGCUCAAUCUCAUCAAACCUAGGACCAGUUUUACCCAAAGCUAACCCAAUGGCUUUUGAUUUCUCAAGACUCAAUUUUAAAGACUUUCUAGCAGCUAUCAAGCUCUGAAUCCCACGAUCCACCCCAGUAGACUCCGCCAUCAUUAAAUUCAAUCAAAAUAAAACCCUAGAAAACCCAGAAAAAUCUCACUCCAAGGAAAGCAAGUAAUCUUCCAAACUUUAUUCCUAAUAAAAAUGAUGACUUUGGAGAUUAAUCGAUUCAGAAUCAGAUGCAAAACAUCAAACACUUUCCUCUCUCUUUUUUUUUCGUCUCUUUUAUUACCCUUCCAACUUUCAAUAAAUCAAACCAAACCCAGAAAUCUAGUUAGCAAUUACACAAACAGAAACAAACAAACCCAGACACAGAAAUUUUCACAGCUACCAAACAACCACCGAAAAAAUUGCAAGAACCGAAACCAGAGAAUUCCCAGAAAGGGAGUAACUUUUUAACUAAGACACUCAAACGAAAGAAAUCGAGUAUAGAUAAGGUCUUCUACUUUAAAGGGUCGCCGGCGAAAAGUUUAUCCGACGGCGAGAGUUUAGCGGAAGAAUCAAAACGGUGUGAUAGUUUCUCUAGAGAGAGAGAGACCCAGUAAACAAAAGAAUGAUAUAUCGGAAAGAGAAACUUUUUUGUUUUUCGACAGUUUUUUUUUUUCUCGCGAUGCCCGACGGAAACUGACAAAGUGCAUGACA